CCAUUAGAGAGAGUCGUAUCUCUGCUGCAAGACACACGUUUGGAGGAUUUUAAAUAGAAAGUUCAAGAGACACUAAUUUGGUGAGUUAAAAAUACUUAAAGAUCAAAUGGCUGAGAAACUUGCACUUGUCGAAAAUUACCUGAGCUGCCAUGUGUGUUCAGAGACUUUCAGAGAUCCUGUGUCUCUGAGCUGCAACCACAGCUUCUGUUCAAGCUGCCUGCAACAAUUCUGGGAACAAACUACAAACAAAAACUGUCCCAUUUGUAAAAGAAAAUCUUCAAAGGACUAUCCUAUUGUGAACUUUCCACUGAAAGAACUUGCUGAUUCAUUUGCUGGGAGAAACAAAACUGGGUCAUCUGAGACAGAAAGAGGGGAGAAGAAAUUAACUGUGGUGUGCAGCAAACAUGAGGAAGUGCCUAAACUGUUCUGUGUGGACGAGCAGAGUACUGUGUGUCCUGUGUGUGACUUUUCUCUCCACCAGAGUCACAAAGUGGUUCCUGUAGAAGAAGCAGUCAGUGACCUGAAGGAGCAGCUGAAAUCUGACUUAAAGUCUCUGCAGGACAAGAGGAACAAAUACAAACAAGUGGAGAAAACAUACAAUGAAAUGAUUCAACACAUGAAGAAACAGCUGUUGUCCACAGAGAGGCAGAUCAGAGCAGAGUUCAACAAGCUCCAGCAGUUCCUGAAAGAGGAAGAGGAGUCCAGACUGGCAGCUCUGAGGGAGGAAGAGGAGCAGAAGGGGAGGACUAUCAGCAGAGAGAUGAAGAUGAUUGAGGAGCAGAUCUCCUCUCUGUCAGACAGCAUCUGUGCUGUUGAAGAAGAGCUGCAGAAACACAGCGUGCCAUUCCUCAGCAGUUAUAAAGACACUCAGAGCAGAGCCAGAGCCCAGAGCUCAGUGUCAGAUCCACAGCUGGUCUCAGGAGCACUGAUAGAUGUGGCCAAACACCUGGGCAACCUGUCCUUCAGAGUGUGGGAGAAGAUGAAGGAGAAGGUCCACUUCAGUCCUGUCAUUCUGGACCCAAACACUGCAAACCCCUCUCUCUAUCUGUCUGAUGAUCUGACCAGUGUGAGACUUGGAGAAACAAAGCAACAGCUUCCUGAUAAUCCAGAGAGAAACACUCUGUUUGCCAAUAUUUUUGGCUCUGAGGGUUUCAGCUCAGGGAAACACAGCCUGGAGGUGGAGGUGGGAGACCAUCCUCGCUGGGUUAUAGGUUUAGCUAAAGAGUCAGUUGAGAGGAAGGGAGAGUGUUUUGUUUCACCAAAAAAUGGAUUCUGGUGUUUAUUCCAUCGCAGUGGAAAAUACAAUAAUAGUGAUGGUGAAACUGUGACAGUGAAGAAGAGUCUCCAGAGGAUCAGAGUCCAGCUGGACUAUGACAGGGGGGAGGUGUCCUUCUAUGACUCUGAAGACAUGACUCACAUCUACACUCACAGAGACACUUUCACUAAGAAACUCCUCCCAUUUUUUAACAUUGGAGAGGCAGGAGACGCCAGAACCUCUGAUAUCAAAAUCUGUGAGAUGGAGAUUUCUUUGAAAACUGCAACGAGGUCUUUGUGAGUUUUUUGUUACAGCUUGUUUUGUGGUUGCUUGUUUUUCAGUUUCGGCUACUCCUGUUGUUAUUUUCUAUGGGAGAAAUGUCAGGAAGAAAAAUUUA